CCUCAUGAGCACAGCAUAACGCUUCCAGCGCUCGUUCGCAACUUCUUACAGCAACAUUCCUUCACAACAACACUUCACUAUGUCCGAUACGCUGGGCGAAAGUCUCAUACGGAAUCUCAUCAACCUGGGUUUAGAUGAGCCGUUUCUACAACUAUCCCGCCCGUUCGCACCGAAGAGCGUCAGCUCCGAGCGGCUCACCGACGACGUCUGGCCGGCGGACUCCCAGAGCGACCGAGCGCCAAGCAAAGCCCAGUUUCCCCUUAAACCAGACCGAUCCAUGAGUCUGACUGACACCUUCAACAGAAUGAAGCCCCACGACGUCCCACCACCGCCCGGAUUUCCUCCCCUGGCACCCCUGCCUUCGAACCGGUACAAGACCGAGCUGUGCCGAAGCUUUCAAGAGCACGGCAGCUGCAAAUACGACAGCAAAUGUCAGUUCGCCCACGGCGAGAGCGAGCUGCGAGGUCUAAACCGCCAUCCCAAAUACAAAACUCAAGCCUGUCGCACUUUCUACCAGUUUGGAUACUGUCCGUACGGAAGCCGCUGCCACUUCCUCCACGGGGAGAAAAACUCUCUGGACGGGGACGACCAGAACCCGCGUCAGCUGCGUCAGAGCGUCAGCUUCGCCGGUUUCACUCGCAGCAACUCUCCCCCGACUUUAUACGAGCCCCUGAGCUUCACCCGUGCGCCUUCGGUCUCUCCCCCUCCCGCUGACAUCUUGUCCCCAGUCUUCAGCGACUCUUCCCGAGACAUGUUCCCCUUCAGCCGUCACAGUACCGGAGAUAUCUACAGCAACGCGCCCUUCACGCCAGAGCCUCGGUCGCGGUGUGUCUGCGGACACGGAAAUAACUUGCAGGGCUCCCGCAACGAGCUGUACAUGAAGGAAGACCUGAGCAAAGCCAACCUGCAGCGCUUUUCCUCAGAAGACUCGCUGUCAGACCGCGAAAGUUACAGCAGCACCGGCAGCUCGAGCGGCUCUGAGUCACCCACCUUCGACGGCUCGAGCGGGAAGCGCCUCUCUGUUUUCGCGCGGAUGUCUGUGUCUGACUGAGGAGGACUUUACCGCCAUUCCUUCCCAAUCAUUCAAUCAGUCAAAUAUAAUAUGCAACGAGUCUUAAUACUGUUAAUUUAUUAUCAUUGUGUG